GUCAGCGGAGAGUAGGCAGGUAGCUUCUGCAGUAGCUCCUCCUCACCUGCCACAACCUGAUUUCCUAGAAGGGCUCUGUCAUCCAAAAAGAUUUUCCAUUGGCUUAGAGGAGGGAGGGCCUGUCUUCCCCCGUUAUCCAUUGGCUACCCGUUCCGCCGCAAGUUGGGGGCGGGGUUAGGGCGCCUUGCGAUUACAUCAGCUGGUCCAGUGGAGGCCAAGUGGCGCAAGCGCAGUGUUCCCGGGCGCUACCCAACCUGCGACCCGCGUCUUUGCUCUUCUCCUCUAGGCCAUCGCUUUCGGGUUCUCUGAUCGCUUCGUUGUUCGCCAAUGUUUGAGGAGAAGGCCAGCAGUCCUUCAGGGAAGAUGGGAGGCGAGGAGAAGCCGAUUGGUGCUGGUGAAGAGAAGCGAAAGGAAGGAGGCAAAAAGAAGAACAAAGAAGGAUCUGGAGAUGGAGGUCGAGCUGAGUUGAAUCCUUGGCCUGAAUAUAUUUACACACGUCUUGAGAUGUAUAACAUACUAAAAGCAGAACACGAUUCCCUUCUGGCAGAAAAGGCAGAAAAAGAUAGCAAGCCAAUUAAAGUGACUUUGCCUGAUGGUAAACAGGUUGAUGCGGAAUCUUGGAAAACUACACCAUAUCAAAUUGCCUGUGGAAUUAGUCAAGGCCUGGCUGACAGCACCGUUAUUGCUAAAGUAAAUAAUGUUGUGUGGGACCUGGACCGCCCUCUGGAAGAAGAUUGUACCUUGGAGCUUCUCAAGUUUGAGGAUGAGGAGGCUCAGGCAGUGUAUUGGCACUCCAGUGCUCACAUAAUGGGUGAAGCCAUGGAAAGAGUCUAUGGUGGAUGUUUAUGCUAUGGUCCACCAAUAGAAAAUGGAUUCUAUUAUGACAUGUACCUCGAGGAAGGGGGUGUGUCUAGCAAUGAUUUCUCUUCUCUGGAGUCUUUAUGUAAGAAGAUCAUUAAAGAAAAACAAGCUUUUGAAAGACUGGAAGUUAAGAAAGAAACUUUACUGGCAAUGUUUAAGUACAACAAGUUCAAAUGUCGGAUAUUGAAUGAAAAGGUGAAUACUCCAACUACCACAGUCUAUAGGUGUGGCCCUUUGAUAGAUCUCUGCCGGGGUCCUCAUGUCAGACACACGGGCAAAAUUAAGGCUUUAAAAAUACACAAAAAUUCUUCCACAUACUGGGAAGGCAAAGCAGAUAUGGAGACUCUGCAGAGAAUUUAUGGCAUUUCAUUCCCAGAUCCUAAAAUGUUGAAAGAGUGGGAGAAGUUCCAAGAGGAAGCUAAAAACCGAGAUCAUAGGAAAAUUGGCAGGGACCAAGAACUAUAUUUCUUUCAUGAACUCAGCCCUGGAAGUUGCUUUUUUCUGCCAAAGGGAGCCUACAUUUAUAAUGCACUUAUUGAAUUCAUUAGGAGUGAAUAUAGGAAAAGAGGAUUCCAGGAGGUAGUCACCCCAAACAUUUUCAACAGCCGACUCUGGAUGACCUCGGGUCACUGGCAGCACUACAGUGAGAACAUGUUCUCCUUUGAGGUGGAGAAGGAGCUGUUUGCUUUGAAACCCAUGAACUGCCCAGGACACUGCCUUAUGUUUGAUCAUCGGCCAAGGUCUUGGCGAGAACUGCCUCUGCGGCUAGCUGAUUUUGGGGUACUUCAUAGGAAUGAGCUGUCUGGAGCACUCACAGGACUCACCCGGGUACGAAGAUUCCAGCAGGACGAUGCUCACAUAUUCUGUGCCAUGGAGCAGAUUGAAGAUGAAAUAAAAGGUUGUUUGGAUUUUCUACGUACGGUAUAUAGCGUAUUUGGAUUUUCUUUUAAACUGAACCUUUCUACUCGCCCGGAAAAAUUCCUUGGAGAUAUUGAAGUAUGGGAUCAAGCUGAGAAACAACUUGAAAAUAGUCUGAAUGAAUUUGGUGAAAAGUGGGAGUUAAACUCUGGAGACGGAGCUUUCUAUGGUCCAAAGAUUGACAUACAGAUUAAAGAUGCGAUUGGGCGGUACCACCAGUGUGCCACCAUCCAGCUGGAUUUUCAGUUGCCCAUCAGGUUUAAUCUUACUUAUGUAAGCCAUGAUGGUGAUGAUAAGAAAAGGCCAGUGAUUGUUCAUCGAGCCAUCUUGGGGUCAGUGGAAAGAAUGAUUGCUAUCCUCACGGAAAACUAUGGGGGCAAAUGGCCCUUUUGGCUGUCCCCUCGCCAGGUAAUGGUAGUUCCAGUGGGACCAACCUGUGAUGAAUACGCCCAAAAGGUACGGCAACAAUUCCACGAUGCCAAAUUCAUGGCAGACAUUGAUCUGGAUCCAGGUUGUACAUUGAAUAAGAAGAUCCGAAAUGCACAGUUAGCACAGUAUAACUUCAUUUUAGUUGUUGGUGAAAAAGAGAAAAUCAGUGGCACCGUUAAUAUCCGCACGAGAGACAAUAAGGUCCACGGGGAACGCACCAUUUCUGAAACUAUGGAGCGGCUACAGCAGCUCAAGGAGUCCCGCAGCAAACAGGCAGAAGAAGAAUUUUAAUGAAAAAAUUGCCCAGAUUGGCCCCAUGGAAAAGGAGGAGCAGUGUUUCCAUAACAUUUACUUUGUACUCUGAAAACGUCAGUUUAUGUUGAACUUGGAGGAGUUUGGCAGAGUCUGAGUAGGUCAACCUGCAGGCAUAACUAUUUUUGACCUAGUCAGUUUUUAAACAAUGUGCAUUUGAAGGAGUUAAUUAAAAGAGCCAAUAAAAUGAUUUUACUCAUUCAGUAUCUGAGUACUGGAAAUGCUUUAGUAUAAUGAGGGAGAACUUUUUUGUAAAUUUAAUGCAAUUGAAAAAGUUUUAAAUUCAAUUAAGAUGACUAGAAUUGGAUUAUGGUGUAAAAAUAAAAAAAAAAAAUUUAUUCACAUAA